CAAUCAUGUUGCUACUAAAAUGAAAUGGUGUAAAUAGUUGUUACAAGUCUUUCAACAUGUGAAUAGAAAAGUACAUACGUUAUAGUUUUAAUUUUAUUGUUGUAAAUAUUUUAAAUGAAUAACAAUGCAGUCAUCUGGUACAAAUUCUCAAGACUCAAGCGAUGACUCGCGCUGGAAAUCAAAUUUAUCAGAUUAUACAGGUACCAGACCAAAAUUCAAGUUCCCACCAAAGCCGCGUAUCUCAAAAAGUGUGAAUAAUUCCUACGUUUCGUCCCAAUCAGACAGUUCAAAUAGCGCACAAAAUUUUUACAAAACUAAGCGAAAAAACAAAAAAGCCAACAGACUGCCUCCGUUGGGUAUAUUUUGGGAUAUUGAAAACUGCCAGGUGCCCAAAAGCAAGAGCGCUUCAGCCGUAGUACAAAGAAUCAGGGAGUUUUUUUUAGAAAAAUAUAGAGAGGCAGAAUUUUUGGUUGUGUGCGAUGUGAAGAAAGAACGACCACAAGUGAUUCAAGAACUGCAUGAUUCUCAAGUAAAUUUAAUACAUGUGGCAUCUACUUCAAAAAAUGCGGCGGACGAGAAGUUGAGACAGUCGUUAAGGCGCUUUGCUGAGAUUUAUCCGGCACCAUCAUCAGUAGUUUUAAUUUCAGGUGAUAUUAAUUUUGCUGCAGAUCUCUCUGAUCUCAGAUAUCGUAAGAAGAUACGUGUGAUAUUAGUACAUAAUGCGAAUGUAGCAGAUGCAUUAGUCCUCUGUGCAAAUGAACAUUAUUGCUACUCCACGAUAACGGAAGGGUUGCCGAAAUCAAAGGGUCUGGCUAACGAAUCAGCGUUUUUACUUGUAUCAAAUCUGCCAACAAACAUCAGCGCUACAACCCUGAAGAACAGAUUAAAUUUUUUAUGCAAUAAUUGUGGUGGCCGGGUGGUUGAAGUACAACAGGAAGAAGGGUUAGCAUAUGUCAGAUUUUCAACUCAAGACUUUGCAAACAGGGCACAGAAACGAAUCCAGGGAGAAGAUGUUUUUGGGAAUAAAAUUAAAGCAGUUACGCCGUCACUUCGAAAUUACGCAGGACAAAAGGUAAAAAGUGAUGCUGGAUUUCAAGGACAUCAAUUAUCUUCAACGCGGAGUUUACCUCAUGAUCCACUUCAAAAUUUCUCAAACAAGGAUAACAAAAGAUUCUCUUAUGAUAUUAGUCAAGAUUUUCCUCUCCGUUCAAUAGCUGGAGCUGCAGCUUUGAUGGACAUCAAUUAUGGAACAUCUUCACGCCGUCCUAGAACUCCUCAGGAGGUACUUCAAGUCCUACCAGGCCGUGUUCAUAAGAAUAGUGGCAGUUCAGAAUAUAGUGAUGAUAGUAAAACGCAGUCCGACAACAAUACCAAAGCCACUUUACCCGUUGAUCUGAUUAUUUCAAAUCUGGAUCCUACUAUAAGUGUUAAGGAAUUGCGCAGAUUGCUUACGAAUCUGUUGAAGGAAUAUUCAGUGGUUUUAAGUUUAACAGUACUUGUACAAACAGAUGGAACUCCAAUAGCCAAUAUCAAAGUUAACAGUCAGCAGGCAGCUCAGUUUAUCAUUUCUCAACUGCAUCGUCAAAAAUUAGGACACAAAAGGAUUGUGAUCUCUUAUGCCCAAAAUAACUCACCAGAUCCAGAACAGUUGAAAGCUAUGGUCAUUAGUAUAUUACAGGAAGUUCCAGACAAUAACAUGCCACUCUUCAAAUUCAUAGAACUCCUCGAAUCUCGUUACCACUGUACAGUUUCAGUCUGCGACGUCAAUAAAUUAAAAGACAUCUGUAAAAUUACCGACAACCUAGGUUCAAGAAUAAUUUCAUUUACGCAACAAAUGAAAUCCUCUCCACCGCCAAACUUAAGCAAGACGUUAGUUCCAUACUGCACGAUUCACUGUGCCAACGGAUUACCAAAUCUAGGUUGGUGUGAACUGAGCACAGUCCAAAGCCCGAACAUUAUGAUGCCUUUAAAAAUUUUCGCUACCAAACUGAACGGAUUGUUGAGUGUUCACUUGGGAUCUAUGCCUCUUUUAAGUUUCCAAGCGUGUUACGAACAAGAAUGCCAGGAGCCGUUACCCGUAGAUUUCAAUGGUGUACCACUCGAACAUUUAAUAUCUUGCGUUCCAAACGUAGAAAUCAAAUAUUCUGGACCUAAUAAAAACAUUAAAAUUAUUAAACGCGAAUUUAGGUCUGUGGAACUUGAUGAAGAAACUGUUUUAAAAAGUGUUCCACCAUCUUUGGCCCCACAUAUAAGUCUUUUAUGUCGAGAACUUGUGGAUCUGUUGAAGACUACAGAGAGAUGUCAGUUGCUAAUGAGCAAAUUCGUACCAGCUUACCAUCAUCAUUUUGGUCGACAGUGUCACGUGGCCAAUUAUGGAUAUACUAAACUUGUAGAUCUUUUCGAAUCAAUUCCACAUGUAGUGCAGAUCAUGGGCGACGGUACGCGCAAAAUAAUUACUUUAUCCCACCAAGCCCAAAUACGCAGAUUUACUUCAGAUUUACUUCGGGUACUGAAAGUACAACCAGCUAAGCAAAUUACAGUGCAUGACUUUCCAAACGCCUAUGAGAAAGUCAUGAACAAGCCCUUUAAUGCCGUGGAUUAUGGGUUGUGCACCUUUCAAGAUUUAUUAGAGGAGGUUCCUGAAAAUAUUAUUGUGAUAACACAAAAUGAAGCCAAUGUCGUCAUUUCCGUGCCAAAGCGAGAACAGACAGCCAAAGAAAUAAUGAGGACAAAACAAUUUGCUAUGGAAGUGAUUGACAUCCUGAGACAUUCCCCAAACUGCACUAUAUUAUUCAAUAAGUUUAUACCUGCAUAUCAUCACCAUUUUGGACACCAGUGUCGGAUGUCGGAUUAUGGGUUUACCAAACUUAUUGAACUCUUCGAAGCCAUUCCAGACGUUGUAAAGAUUCAGGAACUUUCAGAAGGUGAACGUACUGUUAGCCUUACGUUGAAUCAGUCGCUCAAGGUUUUGGGCAGCCAGAUUGUGAGUUUAAUAAAGAAUUCACCUACAUCAUCCAUAUCUUUGGAUGAACUACCUAGAAUUUACUUGAAGGAAUGUGGCUAUCCUCUGAAACCCCAAGUAUACGAAUGUGAAACAAUUCUAGAAAUUAUUGAUAAAAUAUGUGAUUACGUUCAGAUCGUGGACAUUGCCUCUGGUGCUUUAUUAAUAUCAAUAGAUUCGGACGUCCCAUCGGCAAUAAAAGUACGAGCUUGGGCUCUUCUUCUUAAGCCGCCAUAUUGUAAAGAUAUUGCCACGUUUAGGUACGAGUACCAGUCGAGAUAUAACAGUGAUAUAUCGAUAAACGAAUUACAACAGUUACGUAAUGUUAUUUCGGUAUCGGUUGUUAACGAUGCGAACUACAUUGCUUUAACGGAUAUGUACGUACUAGCAGCACAGUUAUAUCAUGUCUUGUACGUUAACGGGGGCAGCGUUUUAUUUAACAAGUUGGAAAGAUUAUUUUCUAAAGCGUUCAACAAAACUAUAAAAUUAUCAGACUACAAUAUAAAUACUGUCGAUGAACUUUAUGAACAAUUUGACUUCUUGUUUUUUGUUUGUGGCUACAAAAAAAGUGUUCUUGCACUUAACAGGAAUUUAGCAGAAUAUCAAGUUACACUGCCUAUUCAAAUUUAUAAUUCAAGUCAUAGUUCAAAGAAAUGGCCUCCACCCCCGACUAUACAUAAAGUCGCACCAUCUAAUUCAACUAGAAAAAUUUCACCACCAAAGCCAGACACUCCACCCACACCAACUAGUACUCCUUGGGCCUCACCUCGGAGAAAUCCUUCAUUAGAGACUGAGUUGAAUUUAUCUAUACAGUUACCCAUUAUUCAAAACCCGCAACUGUUGGGUAAUCCAUAUGAUCUCAUUUCACCAGCAAGGCAUCUCUUUUCUCUGAACAGAAAUCCAUGGGCCAAAGCUCCAGAUCCAACGGAGUUGCCAAUGCCUGAUAAACUGAUGAUGAAAGGAAUUGCAUCCGAUGAUUCGACAGAUUCUGGGGUUAACUCAAAAUUGGAAAAUUCGCCAUCAGACAACGAAAUAGAACUAGGAGCUUGCGGGUCAGGCGCCAAACAUCGUUUAACCAGUUAUUUAAGUUUCGAUAAAUAAGUAUCGUGGAUUCCAAACCAAUUAUUAUUUAAGUUAAUACUGUGAUUGUAUCUUAUAGUUAGUUGUAAAAAUUAAUGUCCCGUGUUCUAUUUAUGUUUUGAUUGUUAAGGUUGGUCACAUUAUCUCAUCUACCAAUAAUCAUUGUUUAUCAGUCCAAAAACAUGGUGAUAUGUGAUACUGUUACCAACUUACUUAUUUUUUUCUGUAAACACUAGAAUUAUAUUUACAAGAAAGAUGUACUGAAUGGUUUUGUGGCUCAAGCAAAUGCUUUUAAAGAUGUAUGUACAAAUAUUUUUUAUAAUCUUUGUGACUUUAAUUGUGAAUUUAAUUAUUAUGUUGUCCCCUGUACUUAUAAGUUUUACCGCCAUUGUAGAA